UACAGGCAACAUUUUUUCCCGGUGUUUUUUAUGCGUAAAAUAUAUUUUGAAAAAAAGCAGUGAAAAGUGGUGAUUUCAUGAAACUAACAGCUAGAUUUAAACAUUUAAAAGAUUUAAAUAAAAUACACCUCAUUAACAACUUCAAUGAAAAUACUCAUCACCAACCAGGUGCUACACGGAUUACAAUGAAUAGAUUCGUGCGCAGGGAGUAGUUUUCUGUAGAAAAGCUAUCUCUUUAAAUAGUGUGUCCUGGUGCUGACUAGUGAGUUUUCCCUCCCUCCUAUAUAAGCCCAGCGCUCCCCCUCCUGCUGCAGUCACUUCUCCGGCCCGGCCAUCAUGAGUUACUCGGUAGAGCAGCACCUCUUCGGCCCGACCUCGUACCGCAAGGCACGGCCUGCCUCCGUGUCCUCCAGCGGCUUCCACUCCCAGCGCCGCCGCCUCACCUACAGCCAGCCGUCCUCCGCCGACAGCCUGGAAACAUUUAACGGCGAUAUGACGCGGAGGAGCGAGAAGGAGAUCCUGCAGACUCUCAAUGACCGGUUCGCCGGCUACAUCGACAAGGUGCGCAACCUGGAGAUGCACAACCGCAACCUGGAGGCGGAGGCGGCAGCUCUGCGGCAGAGCCAGGCGGGACGCGCCUCCGUCGGGGAGCACUACGAGCGAGAACUCGGCGACCUGAGGGGUCUCCUGCAGCAGCUGACCGGGGAGAAGGCCCGUGCGGCUCUGGAGCACGAGCACCUGGAGGAGGACAUCCAGCACCUGAGGGCGAGGCUGGAGGACGAGGCGCGGAACCGGGAAGAGUUGGAGGCUGCCGCCCGCACCAUGAAGAAGUACGUUGAGGAGUGCCGGCUGGCGCGGCUGGAGCUGGACAAGAAGCACCGCUCCCUGGAGGAGGAGGACGCUUUUCUGAGGAAGAACCACGAGGAAGAAGUGGCCGAGCUCCUCGCGCAGAUUCAGGGCGCGCAGGUGAGCUUCGAUGUGCGAGACACGCUGAAGGCGGACGUCACCGGCGCACUGCGAGAGAUCCGCUCACAGCUGGACACCCAUGCGUCCAAGAGCUCAAGGCACACCGAGGAGUGGUUCAAGGUGCGUAUGGAGCAUCUGUCUGAUGCUGCAAGGUCUAACCAGGACGCCCUUCGCGGCACCAAGGAAGAGAUCGCAGAGUACCGCCGCCAGCUCCAGAGCCGCACCAUUGAGCUGGAGACUCUCCGAGGAACCAAGGAGUCACUGGAGAGGCAACGCAUGGAGAGUGAAGACAGACACAACGACGACCUCAACUCACUACAGGAGACCAUCAAUCAGCUGGAUAACGAGCUGAAAACCACCAAAUGGGAGAUGGCCAGCCAGCUGAAAGACUACCAGGAGCUGCUGAACGUGAAGAUGGCUCUAGACAUUGAGAUCGCAGCUUAUAGGAAGUUGCUGGAGGGAGAGGAGAAUCGCUUCGUGUCGGGAGGAAGUCCGUACUCCUACCUGGAAAGCAGGCUCUUCAAGGUGAAAGGAGAAGAGAUCUCAGAUACAGUCAUCGUGGAGGAACAGACGGAUGAGACGCAGGUGACAGAGGUGACAGAGGAGGCAGAGGAGGAGGAAGAAGAGGGUAAGAAAGAGGGAGAGGAAGAAGAAGAGGCAGGCGAGGAAGAAGAGCAAGGUGAGGAAACCAAAGAAGAGGAGGGAGAGGGCGAGGAAGGAGAAGAGAAGGAGGAGGAAGGAGAGGCCGCAGAAGAGGAGGAGGAGAAGGAGGAAGAGAAAGGAGAGGAAGCGAAGGAAGAGGAGAAGGGAGAGGAUGAGGAGGCUGCAGAGGAGGAAGAGAAGUCCAAAUCUCCAGAAAAGGCUGCGUCACCUCCUUCAAAAUCCCCUCAACCUAAAUCUCCUGCCGUCAAAUCACCAGAAUCUAAAUCACCAGAAUCUAAAUCCCCAGCAGCCAAAUCCCCGAUGCCCAAAUCACCUGCGAAGUCGCCUGCAGUCAAAUCCCCCGCAGGAGACGAGUCAAAGUCACCUGCACCAAAGUCACCUGUGUCAAAAUCCCCACCCAGCAAAUCCCCUGAAUCUAAAUCUCCUCCUCCCAAGACCCCUGAAACAAAGUCUCCAGAGAAAGAGAAGGCCAAGCCUGUCGCUGCCAAAGAUGCCCCUAAAGAGGAGAAGAAAGAGGAGAAGCCUGAGCCCGUCAAGGAGGAAAAGAAGGAGAAAGAGCAACCUGUAAAGGAGGAGAAGAAGCAGGAGCCAAAGGAGAAGGAGCCAGAGAAGGCAGACAAACCUGAGGCAAAAAAAGAGAGCAAAGCAGAUGACGCGUCAAAGGCGGACGACAAAGCUGCUCCUCCCAGCAAACCCGCAGAGGACAAACCUGCCCCUAAACCUGAGCCUAAAGAGAGCGCUCCCCCUGCAAAGGAGGAGAAACCCUCUGCUCCCAAACCAGAGAAGGCAGAGCCUGAGGCAAAGCCUGCCCCCAAAGCAGAGCCCGAGAAAACCGAGGCCAAGAAGGAGGAGAAGAAGCCAGAGGAGAAGCCCGCACCUAAAGCCGAACCCCCGAAAACAGACAGCAAGAAAGAAGAGAAGAAACCAGUGGAGAAAAAGGAGGCUAGUAAAGAAGAAAGUAAGGAGGUGAAGGAAGAAGGGAAGGCUGAGAAGGCUGAGAAAUCCUCUGGUACUGAGUCUAAGGAGAGCAAAGACGAGAAGGCCAAGAAGUAAGACUGUGAACCAGGGCAUGAGAGGAGACGGUGGAGAUGCCAAAGAACUAUGAGGGAGUACAAGAGCAGGAGAAAGCAGAUGGGCACUUUAAUGUUCAACGCAAAGCAGGUAAUGGUAUGUAAGCAAUAGUGAUUUCUGUAGCAAAUAAUCCCCGGCUCCCUACGUAUGGCCAUUACACCCCAUCGAUGCUUCUGAUGUAUGACUGUAGUGAAUGCAGAAUGCUCUAAACUCUUUAUCUGAAUGUGACAACUGCCCUUAAUAAAUAACAAGUGCAUUUAAACUGAAUCCCGCUGAUGGGACGCAGGGGCCUGCUGUACCUAAACAAGCCUUCCAAGGGUAGAGAUGUCAAAACAAUGUCAAGCUAAAGAUUGUGACAGAUAUAUAAAGUAUAAAGAUGUAUAUUUAAGCAGAUACAAAUGUCUAUUAUAUUUACAGAUACAUGAGUAAAGAAAGACUUGAAUUUUUGCUUGUUGUGCACCUUAAUGCAGCUUCUCCUGACAGGUGAGCUGCAGUGUCUCACUCUUCUGGUCUGCAAUGCUAGGACAAUGAUGACUGUGCUAUGUAUAAACUGCUGAGAAUAUGCAAUAUGAAACAGAUAAAUAAAGAAUGAAAAAAAAAAAA